AUCUAUGUCGCUGUCACCUCCGUAAACUUGGCUGACCGAUUUGACCGAUUUUGGAAUUUGGCGAAUUUGGAUUCUUAACUUUUUUUUAAAUGCAUAUAGUCGGAAGUUUGUCGGAAAUUAGUUAAUUAAGAAAAUCAAAAACAAAAGUCCGUGUGAAGUUGGCCAAAUUUUUUUCAAUUUUCAAAAAUAUCCCAAUAGAAAAUAUCCUCAAUCAAAAAUAUCCCUAAUCGAAAAUAUCCCCGAUUGAAUUAAAAUAUUCCCAUACGAUGAUUCAUCACAUCCCCCUAUCACAGCGUCACGCGGUGGUAGCAAUGAGAAAAAAAAGCUUGGACAUUAAAAGGCCCACGUGUUGCCUAUGCAAUGCUACAGUCGUUUCCAGACCUGUAUGUACGACCGUGCCACCACCUAAAAAUCCAAACGUCAUAAUAUCAUGAAACAUUAGAGCCGGUAACUCGUAAAACAAACAACAAAAAAAUCCUCAAACGUCAUACCGACUUUCAUCAUUAUAUUUAUGAAAAAUGAGCUCCUCGAGUUCAGUCACGAACACAUCAGGUGUAAUUUCCGAGAAUCAUGAAUUCAUCGUACCUAGAAAAGCAAUCAAAGUUCCGGAGGACAUGGUCGCUUGGCAAAAAUCCGAGGCGUAUUUCGAAUAUUUGGGAUUUGUUAUGGCAUUGAACGAUGCGGUUCAAGGAAAACCACUGGAUGUGGAAUGUUCGCAAUCUCCGGCGGUGGUCAAAACCAUUGCCAUGUUAAAUAAACUCGACGAAUGGAUAAGACAAAUUCCACCAACUGAGCAGCCACAGCGCUUUGGUAAUAAAUCCUUUCGUGUGUGGAACGAAAAAUUAACGGAGACAGCAGUCGAAGAACUGAAACAAGUAUUGCCAGGAGAUUUGCACAGAGCGAUUCCAGAAAUCUCUCAAUAUUGGUGUGAAGGUUUUGGCAAUGCAACUCGCAUUGACUAUGGCACCGGUCAUGAAAUGGCAUUUAUCAUGUUCCUGUGCUGCAUGUUUAAAAUAGGUGCUUACAAAGCGGAUGAUAAGGUCGCAGUUGGUACCAAAGUAUUUGACAGGUACUUAACACUUGUGAGAAGAUUACAACUGGUUUAUAGAAUGGAACCAGCCGGUAGCCAUGGCGUAUGGAGUUUGGAUGAUUAUCAGUUUGUGCCAUUCAUUUGGGGGAGUUCACAACUCAUUGGCCAUCCACGAUUAGAGCCCCGUCAUUUUGUCAGUCCCGACACGAUUGAGAUGUACGCUAAGCAAUACAUGUUUCUAGCCAGUAUAGAAUUCAUAUGCAAAGUUAAAAUUGGUCCAUUUGCUGAACAUUCAAAUCAACUUUGGAACGUUAGUGCAGUCUCUUCGUGGUCGAAAGUCAACACUGGAUUGAUCAAAAUGUACAAGGUCGAAGUCCUCAACAAAUUUCCGGUGAUUCAGCAUGUACUUUUUGGCUCAUUAUUCUCGAUGAAACCUGCACCCAGUGGCGUGAUUGCACGAGGAAAUCGUCCCACGCAUGCACCGCCAAUGCCACCGAAAUUACAGUAGCUCAGCGCUUAGUCAAGAUACAAAACAAUGAAUUUUAUUAUUAUUAUUAUUAUUAUUUCAUAAAAGACCUCAAAACGGUCCGUGCCUAGGAACGAUUUAGGGUUCUCGAAUAUUCGUCCGAGAUUAGAACAAUCCUAACGUUUGAGAUUUAGUUUGAUAUGUGACUUCAAAAAAGUACAAAUUAAUCGAUAGAACGAUUGAAAAUAAUAAUGCUGUAUCAUAAAAUGAGCCGAAAUGUGAAAACCUGUUCAGCCGCAGGUCCAGUGUACUGAACCUGUUGAAUAAUCUUGUAUUUUAUAAAAUAUACCAAACACAAAAUAA